AUGAUGCAAAAACUGCAGAUGUAUGUUUAUAUUUACCUGUUUAUGCUGAUUGCUGCUGGCCCAGUGGAUCUAAAUGAGGGCAGUGAGCGAGAAGAAAAUGUAGAAAAAGAGGGGCUGUGUAAUGCAUGUGCGUGGAGACAAAACACAAGGUACUCCAGAAUAGAAGCCAUAAAAAUCCAAAUCCUCAGUAAACUCCGCCUGGAAACAGCUCCUAACAUCAGCAAAGAUGCUAUCAGACAACUUCUGCCCAGAGCGCCUCCGCUCCGGGAGCUGAUCGAUCAGUACGACGUCCAGAGAGACGACAGCAGCGACGGCUCUUUGGAAGAUGACGAUUAUCAUGCCACCACGGAAACAAUCAUUACCAUGCCUACGGAGUCGGACUUUCUAACACAAGCGGAUGGAAAACCCAAAUGCUGCUUUUUUAAAUUUAGCUCUAAAAUACAGUACAACAAAGUAGUAAAAGCCCAACUGUGGAUACAUCUAAGACCCGUCAAGACUCCCACAACAGUGUUCGUGCAAAUCCUGAGACUCAUCAAACCCAUGAAAGACGGUACAAGGUAUACUGGAAUCCGAUCUCUGAAACUUGACAUGAGCCCAGGCACUGGCAUUUGGCAGAGUAUUGAUGUGAAGACAGUGUUGCAAAACUGGCUCAAACAGCCUGAAUCCAACUUAGGCAUUGAAAUCAAAGCUGUGGAUGAGAGUGGGCAUGAUCUUGCUGUAACCUUCCCAGGACCGGGUGAAGACGGGCUGAAUCCCUUUUUAGAGGUCAAAGUAACAGACACACCCAAAAGGUCCCGGAGAGACUUUGGUCUUGACUGUGACGAGCACUCCACAGAGUCCCGGUGCUGCCGUUACCCCCUCACGGUGGAUUUUGAAGCCUUUGGAUGGGAUUGGAUUAUUGCACCCAAAAGAUAUAAGGCCAAUUACUGCUCUGGAGAGUGUGAAUUUGUGUUUUUACAAAAAUAUCCUCAUACUCAUCUUGUGCACCAAGCAAACCCCAGAGGCUCAGCAGGCCCUUGCUGCACUCCUACAAAAAUGUCUCCCAUUAAUAUGCUAUAUUUUAAUGGCAAAGAACAAAUAAUAUAUGGAAAAAUUCCAGCCAUGGUAGUUGACCGGUGCGGGUGCUCAUGA